CAACAGAAUACAGCUGAGCUGCUGCUCGGUGAACUUGAAGCCUCCUUUUGUUUUAUCAGUUGAUGCGCACUCCACAUCUGUCAGACUUUCCCCUCCGCUGCCAGCACUGCGAACAGAUGCACCUCGAUAUGACUCUCCUUCAGAUUCUUGCUGUGCUCUUUCUGCCAGGUGCAUGGGGUCAGAGCAGUAGCAGGCUUGGCGUUGUGCUGGAGGCCAAGAACAUUACCCUCCCUGCAGGGUCUAUGGCUGUUCUGCCCUGCCACAGCCCCCGCAUGGUGUGGACCCAGGACAGACUGAAGGACCGUCAGAGGGUGGUGCACUGGGACUUGGUCCGCAGCAGCCCAGAGUAUUCUAUGGAGCGAGUUCUGGACAUGUCCCCUGGAGUCCACCAGAGGGUCUACAAUGGCUUAAACAAGGGACGCAUUUCCAUUUCAGACUCUGCUUUCAAUGAUGGCAACUUCUCCCUUAUCAUCAACAAUGUGGUCACAACUGACAAAGGAGUUUACACUUGUAAUCUGCACCACCACUACUGCCAGAUUCACCAGUCCAUUCAAAUCCAGCUCAAUGUCACCAAGUCAGCUCGGAAAGAGAAGCGUUACUGGGAUGGAGAGAAGACUGUGUUCGUGGUCUUGUUGGGCAGCUCAGUGGCAUUGCCCUGUGUUAACCGACGCCCCCUGUGGAGAGAGGGCCUCCAGGAAGACCAGCAGCAGGUGGCUCACUGGGACUUUCAGCCCCCUGGAGUGCGUCCUGAUAGGGCUGACCGCUUGGUGGACCUCUAUGCAUCUGGAGAGCGCCGGGAUUAUGGACCGCUCUUUUCCCAGAGCAAGAUGAGUGUGGAAGAGGAUGCUUUUACUUUAGGGGACUUCUCACUGUCCAUUUCUGACUUGAAGCCUGUUGACAAAGGCUUGUACUCCUGCCACUUGCAUCACCACUACUGUGGUCUGCACGAGAGACGCAUCUUCAGGCUCUCUGUGGGACCGCCACUUCCCCCCGCCCCCACUACAGCCCCCAGAAUUUUCGAGAAUGAUGUGCCAGAGCCAAGGACUGAAGAGGUGGAGAGUCCACGUGUGGUGAAUGUCAUUCUCCCUGAGCAUCGAGGUUAUUUUGUGCAGCAUUUGGGCUAUUUCCUGACAACUUUCCUUCUUCUGGCGUUCAUCGUUGUCGCUGUCAUUGGGCUGACUCGACGGCGUAAAAAGAGAGGGAUGGAGUAUGAGCUGCAAAGAUCUGACCGUGGAAAUGUGAUCAGUGGAGGAGAAAUGUCAUUAGACUGCACAGAGCUGAAUGCCUGUAACCAAGAACCUCUGAAUUCAGCCUACAAAAACAACCUACUGAAAGAGAGAGAUAUGGCCAAAGACUGCAAUAUUGACUUUGAUGGGAAGCUGUGGAAGUGAGUGUGAUAUUUCUGAGAAGCUGCUGGCGGGUCCAGGGCAAACACCGAAAGAGUAAAGGACCGUGGAGAGAAGGGGAAAAAAAGAGAAAACCCAGGAGAGGACAGGAGGAAUGCUCCCUCUGCUGUAACUCUAGCACAUUAAGCUUUUUCACUAAAAGCCACCAUCAUUUUUUACAUGUUAUGUUUUUAUAUAACUUGCAUCAGCUGUUAUAACACUAUUGUUAAACAUUUAUUUGAUCCUUAUUCUUUGCAUUUAUUAGUUGGUUUAUGUUAUAUAAAAAUGUUGUAAUAUUUUUUACCCUUCAUAAAUGUUUUUUUUCUUUUUACAAAACUGCAUGCCGUUUUUUAAAGUAUGUUUUAUGUGUACUUUGCAUACUCACAGAGCUGCAAGCUAAAUGUACUGUGUGUAGACAGUUUCAGACAGUGUUUGGAAACAAUGCCACCCAUUUCUAGCUUUAGAAAAUAAUAGAUUUUAAACAGAUUGUGGUACUUGGUACUAAAAUGUCUAUAUUUUUCUGGAUUAGAUUCAUUAUAGAAAUACAGACUGUCAGACUUAAAUUCUGUUAAAUUCAUACUAUACAUUAGACUCUUGGAAUACUGUUCAUUGAUAACUUCAGGUGAAAAAUAAUAAAUUUGUGUGGACUAAAGGCUCAGUGUACCGAAACUCAGGAAAACAAAUUAUUUCAACCAUUAAUUUGGUUUUUAAUGGGCCGUGCCGUUCUUGUUUGCAUCAAGCAUGUACAGUGUACCUUGGUUUGUAAAACACUGAAUUGUCAUUACUAAAUCUGCUGUGUGGCUAUUGCUUGAUGAGGUUAACUGGAAGAAAAGUGUCUACUAUCUCAGUAAUGCAGUAGUGUAAGAAGUGUAAUUCUAACCCCCUUUUCCUCUUUGCCACUUGCUCACUUGCACACACCCUAAUGUUGGUCUCUUCUAAGAAAAUAUUUCUCUUAUUAAAGAUUGACAACAGUG